AUGGAAUCCCCACGCUCGUUUCGCGGCCUGAAGAAGCUGCUGGUCCAGUCGCUCCUUUUCGCCAGCACCACCGCGCUCGCCGCCGCCCAAGAAUCGGCUUCGCUCGAAGAAUGUCUCGGCCAAGUCGGCGCCACUUUCGACGGUGAGCCCACCUGGGCCAACGAGACUUCCCCGUGGCAGCUCCGCAUCACGCCCAAGCCCAUCACCGUGAUCCACCCCGAGACCUCAGACGACAUUGCCACCGCUCUCUCCUGUGCUCAGCAGUUCUCCCUCAAGGUGUCCGCCCUGAACGGUGGUCAUUCAUACGGUGCCUACGGCCUCGGCGGCAACGAUGGCGCCCUUGUCAUCAACAUGGAGAAGUUCACCGACAUCAGUUACGACGAGACCGCCGAGACUCUGACUUACGGCGGCGGCAGCCGCGUCGGACCAGUAGCAACCUGGCUCUGGAACAACCACGGGCGCCAUUUCCCGCACGUGCGAGCUAACUGGGUCGGCCUGGCCGGCUCCUCCAUCGGCGGCGGAUUCGGAACGACGUCCCGCUUCCUCGGCACGCCGAUGGACUACCUCUCCAGCGUCACUUACAUGCUCUACAACGGCACCAUCGUGACGGCAUCCCGCGACGAGAACCCCGACCUGUUCUGGGUCGCCCAAGGCGCCGGGUCGAGCUACGGCAUCCUCCUCUCCCUCACAACCAAGACCUGGAAGCCCGUGCACACGCACGUCACCAACUUCACCAUCACGCUCGACGCCAACACCACGACGCUCGACGACGGCGUCUCCGCCCUGCUGGCGAUCCAAGACUACGCCCUCUCCGGCGGCUGCCCCGACACCCUCGCCCUGCGCUGGUCGCUCACCGCGCCGCCGUACUCCGGCAGCGGCUACUUCUACGGCGACCCGGCCGACUUCAACGCCACCAUCGCCCCGCUGAUGGCCGCCCUCCCUGCAUCCACCACCAUCACCACCGCCGUCGAGGACUUCUGGUCCAUGGAGGUCAUCGCCUCCCCCGCGCUCAACGGCUCCGCCGACACCUUCCCCCCGCGCAACAUGUACCUGCAGGCCGUCGUGCUGCGCGAGGACCAGCCGUUCACGCGCGAGUCGGCCAAGGCGCUGUACGAACAUACGACGCUCGCGUUCAACAGGACGGAUCUGACCAAGUUCGGGUUUUUGGACUUGUGGGGCGGCGUGUCGAGGGAUAUCCAGGAUGGCGAUACCUCGUUCGCCCAUGCGGAUAGCUUGUGGCUCGUGCGCUGGGAGGGCAGGCUGCAGACCACCCUGAGUGAGUGGCCCGCUGAUGGCAUCGAGUACAUGCAGGCUGGGUUCCGGCCGUUCUUGGAUACCUUGAGGGAGGAGGGUGUGCCGGUGAGGGGUUUCGUGAACUACAGGGAUACCGAGUUGAAGGAGGCGGAGUGGAGCGAGAGGCUGUAUGCGGACAACUAUCCCAGGAUGAAGGAGAUCAAGAAGCAGGUGGACCCGCUCGGGAUGUUCUCGACGAACGCUCAGAGUAUUCCGCUGCCGUAA